UUGGGUGUUGGAGGUUCUAUUUCAUUAUUUCUGCCGUAGCCAGUCCAAUCCCACGCAACUAGAUGCGGGACUCACCUCUGAACCCCUUCCGGUUUAUCGCAUGCUUCCCCUUCAAUUUAGCUAGCUAACAUAUAUGAAACAUAAUAUUUAGACAACGUUAGGAGUUAAUAAAACACUUUGGUUCCAUAAUUUAUACAUUUCAUCAUCUGAAAUUGUGACGGUCGAAGAAAACAUGAAUAUUCGCAACGCGAGGCCGGAGGACCUUAUGAACAUGCAGCACUGCAACCUUCUGUGUCUCCCAGAGAACUACCAGAUGAAAUACUACUUCUACCAUGGACUGUCCUGGCCACAGCUCUCCUACAUCGCUGAGGAUGAGAAUGGCAAAAUAGUGGGAUAUGUUUUGGCCAAGAUGGAGGAGGAUCCAGAUGAUGUCCCCCAUGGUCACAUCACAUCCCUGGCUGUCAAGCGCUCACACAGACGUCUGGGUCUGGCUCAGAAGCUGAUGGACCAAGCCAGCCGAGCUAUGAUUGAAAACUUCAACGCCAAAUAUGUCUCACUUCAUGUCCGGAAAAGUAACCGAGCAGCCUUGCACCUGUACUCCAACACACUGAAAUUCCAGAUUAGUGAAAUAGAGCCCAAGUACUAUGCAGAUGGGGAGGAUGCCUAUGCCAUGAAGAGAGACCUAGCUCACAUGGCUGAUGAGGUCCCACAGUUGAGGAAGCCAGGAGUGAAGGCACUGGGUCAGGAGACCCUUACUGCUACGACCACACCCGGUGACCAGGAGAAAGAGGGAGAGAGGGACAGUGGCGGAGAGAGCAAAGAACUCAGUGAAGUUAGCGAAGCAACAGAAAGCACAGACGUCAAAGAUUCAUCCUCCGAUUCACAAUGACUCUGACCCCUUUAGUAGCCAUUUUUAAAUUUCACCAUGAAAGUUACUUAUUACACUUUUAUCUCUUUCCAAAUAGGAAAAAACAGAUUUGACCUCAGUUUUCCCUAGUGUUCAUCUUCAACUAUUCACCUCAGUUACUUUGUAUAUUUUACCUUUACAACAUACUGUACAGUAAUAUAUUUUACCUUCACACCGUACAGUAACAUAUUUGACCUUCACACCGUACAGGAACAUAUUUGACCUUUACACUGUACAGGAACAUAUUUGACCUUCACACCGUACAGGAACAUAUUUGACCUUCACACCGUACAGGAACAUAUUUGACCUUCACACCGUACAGUAACAUAUUUGACCUUCACACCGUACAGGAACAUAUUUGACCUUUACACUGUACAGGAACAUAUUUGACCUUCACACAGUAGAGUAAUAUAUUAUACCUUUACAGCGUACACCAUACAGUAGUAUAUUUUACUAUUACUGUGUUCACCAUACAGUAAUAUAUUUUACCUUUACAGUGUACACUCUACAGUAAUGUAUUAUCUUUAAUAAUACCGUAAUACCGUAAUAUAUAUUUUACUUUACACUGUACAGUAAUAUAUUUGACCUUUUAGAGAACUUUCUCUGUUGUCAUUAGUGACAAAGCAAAUUGAGAAUUGAGGAAUGUUUUUGGAACUGGAAUGAAAAUGGAUUUUGAGCUAAAAUUCACGACUGGUUCCAUAAGUUUAAAAAAAAUAUAUAUAUUUGAUGUUGUCACUAGUACUUCAUCGUCGGCCACCCCACCCAUGAAAUCAUAACCAGUGUUUUUGGAUGUCUAAAUCAGGUCUGUUAAGUAUUCUUCAAAAUAAAAAUUUCAAGUAAUA